AUGGCAAAAGUGUGGCAGUCAGACCGACUUGUUUACCGCAAAAUCACAUCCGAGGACGACGACUUCCUCACGAUUCUUCAUGCCAACUCUCUGGACUUCAUACAGAGCGCACCCUUUGCGCCAGCGCCAACAGGCAAGAAAGACAAUGAAUUUGUCCAGAAGAGGUUCGCCGAAGCACUUCUUGGGGUCGCCAUAUGCCUGCAGCCCGACACGUCAAGUUCCAAAGAUGAUACUCAAAGAAUGAACGGCGACGUCCACAAGGACAGCGCGGAGGACGGCGCACUAGCCCAUCAUCGACACGGUCACCUUGGGUUGUGGAUCUCUUCAGCCUACCAAGGCAAAGGAUAUGGCAGUGAAGCGAUACGCUGGUCCCUCAAUUGGGCGUUUCGUAUGGUGAACUUGCAUCGCGUAGAUCUAAGUGCCUUCGAGUGGAACACCGGUGCUGUAAAGCUGUACGAGAAGAUGGGUUUCAAGGUCGAGGGUCGCAAGCGUGAGCAUUUCUGGUACGAUGGACGGUAUUGGGACGAGAUUGGGAUGGGUAUCUUGCAACGGGAAUGGAGAGAAAUCUACGGAGAUGCGGCGAAGGAUGCGAGUCUUGGCGCUGGUCAAGGAUGA